AAGUGAGGACUGACUCCAAAUCCACGGCGCUGCAAUGGCAGGGCAACAUUCACUCGAGGGUUCAAACUGUCGCUACGGCGCUAGGGGUGUGGAGGUGUUCGGGAUUGAUUACAUUAGUGGCGGAUCCUCUGAAUGCUAAGCAAUGCUAUCGAAGACAGUGCAUGCGUACGGAAAACGGCACCGUACCGGUCGGAUCAAAUGUCUCGUGAAUGGAAGCGUAUGUGGAGGACAGUAGUGAUCAAUGUUGGCCUCCGAAAUAGCAAGAGGCUGUGCAAGAGCGCGCAUGUUUUAAGUGUGUGUUUAACCAUCGCCGCUAAAACUAAGCGUGCGUUAGCACAACGACAUCCUGCAACAUUGAACAACGGAUCUUCAUCACUAUCAUUUUCCAGCUACUCGGGAUCACUUCACACACACCCGCGGGGGAUACCACUACACCGACCGUGGCCAGCCGGACUGACGAUUCCUGUUUUGCGGCACAAGCAUAUCGGUGUCUCUCGAACGUUACAAGCUGUUCCAUGAACGGAGUGGGAGACUGACCAGAAUCCAAAACCCGAAGGCUUGGGGAUCUGCGGCGUGGGUCUCGCGUGCUGUCAUGUGGCUGAGGCGCAGCUCGACGUUAAUAGCAUCACCGACACCGUCUUGCAUGAAAGGUG